GAUGUGACAGCCACCUGUGACUCUUAGGGGGCCACCUGGAGAUGCUGGGGGCUACGGAUAGAGCCUAACAAUGACGGCAAUAGGAACCUUGGUAACAUUAUUAGAGUUGCUGGAUCAGGCUCUGCCUGAAGCUAGAGCUAAGCCUAACCUUCUGUGGUUUUUUUUUUUUUUUUUUUUUUUUUUUGUGGUACGCGGGCCUCUCACUGUUAUGGCCUCUCCCGUUGCGGAGCACAGGCUCCGGACGCGCAGGCUCAGCAGCCAUGGCUCAUGGGCCCAGCCGCUCUGCGGCAUGUGGGAUCUUCCCAGACCGGGGCACGAACCCGUGUCCCCCUGCAUCGCCAGGCGGACUCUCAACCACUGCGCCACCAGGGAAGCCCUAACCUUUUGUGUUUUAUGAGCCGGUAACUCUGACUGAUAAAGUCCUGCUUUCAGGCUCCCCCAGUGCAAGCCGAGAAUGGGAAGGUGCUUGGCAGUAAUCAGUGUGAGACCCCCCUGGAUGGGGAUUCUUGGUUCAAAGAGAAACCGUGUGAUUAGAGCUUAGGUCAUAUCAUUUGAGGUCUACUUGGGCAGGUGACAGUCCCUCUCAAUUCCAGAGGCUCAGACCACAGCCAAAAGAAGAGAAGACACAGGGGUAUAGGGUCCCUGUCUCCAAGGCUCAGGGGAGGAGGCAGGUAGCCUUUAUGUGGCCCCAGAGGGCAGUGCUUGACCAGGAUGAAGGGGGAGGGGGAGCAAAGACGAGAGAGAGUCAAAAGAAGGCAGUUUCAGCUCCCUUUGAGGAAAAACUUUCUCACAAGGACUGCUGACCAAGAAUGGAAUGGGCUGCGUUGGGAGGUGGUGAGCUUCCUGGCAGAGGAGGUAUGUAAGCAGAUAAAGGACUUUAAUGGGUGGAAUUUUGAAUAGAGUCAGACUAGGCAAUGUCUAAGUCUUCCCACUGUGAGGAAUUAAUUUUUUCCCUAAAUUAUUUAAGGGCUUCAACAAGCAAAAUGAGAUGGGGGGACAGCCCUUAUUCAAAGUUUCCUAGCAGAGGCCGGGCCUCCCCUCCCUGCAUCCCCUCAGCCACUGGAGUCUCAGAAGCCGCGUCCAGGAGCGACUUCCUGCGUCAACACAACAGUAAAUCUUUCAGCAUGCUCGCUUGGCGCCAGGCACUGUUCUAGGGCUUUGAACAUUUCCUCACAACAACCCCACAAGAUGAGAAAACUGACGUCCAGAGCUGGGGAAACUUGCUGAGACCGCACAGAUCCCUCGAGCUGCAGUGUGUACCCAUUCCGAGCUAGUUCUGCCUGGAAAACCCUGCUGGUCCUUCAACCACCCACCUGCCGGGUCCCCGACACAAAUGUCGCUUCCUUUCAGAACUUGCCUCCCUACCUGGAUGCCCUGAGCUCCCACGGUCUCCAGCGGCUGUUGUGCUGCGUUUCCCCCAUCAGACGGCGUUUCCUGGAGGGCAGCCAGCACAGGACAGAGUGGCCCGUCAAGAAAGACAGGAGAGCCCUAGCUUUGGAGCCACAGACCGGGGGCGAGUCCCAUCCCCAUCACUGCCGAGUCCCAUGGAUGGGGGCUGACAGAGGGGUGGACCCUCCAGGAAACAUUAUCACCAAGAGUAAAAAGCCACUGUCUCUUGCCAUAAAUAGAAGGUAACCAGAAAAACAAAGACAACAAAACAGCCAGUUCUAGCUAGCUCCUGUUUUCAGGCUGUUCUUUCUUUGUUAAAAAGAGAGGGUGGCUAAGGGGAGUUAGAGAUUCACCCGGUCAGCCCAGGACCUGAGACAACCAGGACUGCAAAGGCCGGCAGAGGCCCUCGCUGGCCUGUGACCCCACGUCCACCCCUGCCCACCUCGGGCCACUCUCCUCUGGGGUCACGGAGGGGCUGGGGGACCUGCAGAGACACCUGUCACCCCACAGGCACAGCGGAGCACCUCCCUCUCAGCUGCAGGCCCUCCUGGGGAGAGGCAGGCCCGCGGCAGCCCACGGUCCCCUCACGCCCGGACAGACCACGUCCUUGUGCCAGCAGGGCGUUCCCUCCAGCUGUGCACCUCUGCGUGCCGCCCUGAGCCCCGAGUGAGCCUCCCUCUGACGCCUUCUUCCUGCUGGAGCCCGGCGGCCAACACGAUCUGACAAGGGCCAGAUGUUCCCCUCUACUCCUUCCAGCCCUGGCAGCUCACGCCCAGCUCCAGGCCUCCGACGGACAUAGCCUCCCUUGGUUCUGUGAUGCAAAGGGGGGUUCUCGGGAGCUGCCUAAUCUGGGUUCCACCCCACAGGACCGUGGCUUUCCGAUGUGACGCUCCGCAACUGCCCCUGCCCCCCGGCCUCCAUCUCAAUCCUCUCUUCAUUCACCAGUAAACACUGAUGGGCCCUGGGGUCCCAUGAAGAUGAAAAGAAAUAACGGUGCUGGGAAGCAGUAUGCAGGUCACUGAAUUUGGAAAGUUACGGAUCUGGGGUCACUGCAGCCUGUCCCCUCCCGUGUGGAGCCGGAGUGCGUGAAACCAAGCAGGGACAAGCAGAGGUUCGGGAUGGAUGGACAGUGCUGGUGGCACGGGAUUUAAAGUCUGCUCCCUGCAGCGUGUGGAGGCCACGUGUCUGAGGCACAUCUCAAAGACUCAUCACAGAGCCCGCCCCGGGCUUCUGGGCAGGAGCAGACAAUGAAACCCAAACCGCAGUGUGUUCCAAGCACUGUUAGGGUGACGUAGCAGGGGGAUAAAAGGUCCGGUAAUCCCCCAUCGGUCCCGGCCGGACCCUGAGGACUCAGGAGGAACCACAGUCACCUGACAUCCCCCUCCUCAGCCUGUACGCAGUGGGAUCCUUUGCUGAACUGGGCUCCUGGGGGUCCGUGACUGUGAACGUGACCAGGUGCUGUCCUUGAGGAAGGCUCUGACCUAGAAUGGAGAAUGGCAGGUUGAGGCUCUGCCCAGCUCCAGAUGAGGAAAAGGAGGCUCACAGAAGCAAAAAUGACUGAGACAUGGGCUCCCCUGGUGGCACAGUGGUUAAGAAUCCACCUGCCAACGCAGGGGACACGGGUUUGAGCCCUGGUCCGGGAAGAUCCCACAUGCCGCGGAGCGGCUGGGCCUGUGCGCCACAACUACUGAGCCUGUGCUCUAGAGCCCGCAAGCCACAACUACUGAGCCCAUGUCCCACAACUACUGAAGCCUGUGCGUCUAGAGCCCAUGCUCCGGAACAAGAGAAGCCACUGCAAUGAGAAGCCCGCGCACCGCAACAAAGAGUAGCCCCCGCUCGCCGCAACUAGAGAAAGCCCGCACGCAGCAACGAAGACCCAACGCAGCCAGAAACAGUAAAUAAAUAAAUAAAUUUAUUUAAAGAAAAAAUGACUGAGGCAGGUCUGAGACCAGAGCUGCCUGCUCAGCCUGCACCUCCCUGCCCCCACAUCACUGAACACACACGUCCAGGGCAACAGGGCCCCACCCCACUUCACAGAUGAGGUAACUGAGGCACAGGGGGAGGGGCCAGCUCAAGGUCCCACCGUAAAGAUCUGGAAGAGCUGGGAUUCAAGCCCAGGUUGGGCCGGGCCUCCCGAGCUCGGCCCUCCACCCACCGAGCCCCCCUCUGCAUCUCAACGGCCCGGGUGGGCCUGCAGCAGGUGCUGGGCCAGCAGUGUCCCUUUGUGAGCCCGGGGUAUUGUCCCCUGGACAAAGGCCUCAAUUCCCACUAGCGGCCACCCACACGCUCACUUCUAAGGAUAAAGGAAUCCGCAGCCAGCCGCCCCCCAGCUCCAGAGCUCCAGAUGGCGGCCCCCGCCCGUCUGCUUCCCUCCUGACCCACUGACUCUGCGCCCACCCCCCAUCAGGCCGGGCUGCUGCACUGGGGCGGAAGAAAAGAGGUGGCCCUCCAAGGCCUCAUCUUUGUGUCCUCAGCAUGGUGGCCGGCCCAGUGAGCUGCCCUACGCCUCCCUCCCCCCCAUCCAUCCCAGCCUUUUCAUCCUUCCCAGACAAGACACAAAGCCACAGAGGCGGCCCCUCCUCCGGCUCCAGCUGAGCUAGCUUUUCUGUCUUCUGGGUGUUGGAGCCCAGCCCCUGCCCAGCAGUGCUGGCCCCAGGCAGCUGCCCAGGUGUCUUAGAGGCCCAGCUUCUCCUCCGUGGCGCAGAGCAAGGGGCGGCAGGGCAGAGAAAUGGCUGAGACACGGGGCUUCAAGAGAAUCUAGUCACCGGGUGGAGGAUGGUUCCCCUCGAAGCAGGAUCAGGCCAUUGGACCACUCAGGGCUCGCCUGGUGCUGGACUCCCGCACGCCCAUGCCCUUUCUGCCAAGACGUUUUUGAGGCUGCAUCCAUCCAUAUGCUUGUUGGUCCGUUCACUUGUUCAUUCACCAUCUUACUGGGAGCCCUGGGCCUGCUGCUGGGCCAAACAACGUCAAGACAUCGUGCUUCCCUAGGAGGGCUCACGGGCUGGGCCAGGAGGCCAGUAAUCCGGAUCCUUUUGGCCCAUCCUCCCAGCAGGUUCUGAAGCACUGAGACAGGCAAGGUUGGUGACGGUGCAGAGUGCCCCCAGCUACCCCAAAGCGUUCAGCAGCCUGGGAGAGCUGACUCUGAGACAAGCCUGUCCUGCGCUUAAGCAGGCUUCCUUCCGGGCCCUCCACUCAGAGAUUCUCCAGUUGCCACAGGUUCCUGGUCAGGAUGGUGGAUUGAGGUGCUAUGGGAAGCUCUCUUUCUAUGUACAAACACACAAAAGUGCUGGAUAGAAUAUAACCAUUUAAAAUAAUCCAGUCAAGGUCAAAAACAAAAAGGUAGGGGCAGCCACGUGAUGCAGUUCUGGCCAAGUUGAUGGAGGUACAAGUUCUGGCGGCAGAAGGUGGGGGAGCCUCUCCCUGAAUAGAAUGGCAAAGCUCACUAGAAGAAAAUCCUUCCCACCCCCAAUAUCACUGGUCCUUCUUAUGCCUGGACAGCAGACAUGAGGCCUGGAGGUGCAGCAGCCAUCUUGUAACCAUAAGACAGCAACAAAAAAGCCGGGAGUGCCGGCCGGGGGGGCCUCCCUGCCGCAUGUAGCUGCCGGCCUGUGAGUGGGAGGACGAGGACCAGGCGAGCAUGGGGACCAUGUCCUCCAUGGGCAGCUUUUACCAGUCCGGGAGCGAGUGUGAAGUGGAGGAGAACCCGAAGGUUAGGGCCUGGGCCCAGGAGUCGGCCACCGGCUACCAGUGCAGCGGCGAGUCCUCAGAAGGGCCUGCCAGCACCUUCGACUCGGACGUGCCCCACGUUGUCCCCUGCAAGUUCAUCAUCUCUCUGGCCUUCCCAGUGACCGCGGGUCACAAAGGAAAAUAUUCAAGUUUGGUUGCACAGUACAGGAGACACCCUAAAAUGGACAAACCUAUUGCAAAGGUUCGCCAUUACUACCACAUCGAGUACUUCCUCCUGCCUGGUGAUGGGGAGCCUAAAAAGGUCGAUGUGGUGGUGUUUCCAGCCUUGGCCAAAGUGUUCCUGGAUUCAGGAAUAAAGACCAUCAGGCCAUGGCAAGAAGGGGACAGGGUCUGGGUGUCGUGGACCCAAAGUUUUAACAUCAACAUGACAAAGGAGUUACUAAAGAAAAUAAAUUUUCACAAAAUCACCUUGAGGCUCUGGGACACCAAGGACAAGGUUUCGAAAAAAGCCAAGAAUUAUCGAUUAAAACCUUCUGGGUUUCUGGAAGAUGCAGGAUCUUUUGAGGAGGUGAAACAUUUGGUUUUAAGUCAGAGAAGAUCGUCUGAACAGGGCAUUCACAUCAAAGCGAAGCUGCAUCAGGACCACACACCAGGGAAGCCAGAAAAAGCAAGAAAAUGCUUCAGGUCUGGACAUGCAGAAAAGGCAACUCUUCCCAAGACCACCAAGGACGAUGAAGAGCUGCUCAGGACGGAAGAUCUUGACACAGUACGAUGUGGUACUUCAAGACCAGUUAUUGCUUUGGGAGGGGCAACCAUGACAGAGAUGGAGGAGUUAAUUGAGAGGCCGUCAUUUAGCAGCUUAACAAACUUGUUGGAAAAGCAAACAUUUCAAAUUAAACGGAAAGAAUCAGACGCGGGGAGGAAAAGCCAGAGGAGGAGGGAGAAAUCUCGCAUGGAGACAGACUCCAGGCUGGCAGGCCACGGGAAGCAGGGCACGUUCGCCAUGCAGCUGGCGGUGAUGCCGCUCCUCGCAGGAUGGCAAACUGUCGUGAGUCAUGGCAGUGGGAGGUCGGCCAACGUCUUAGAUUGUUUUUUGACCCUAAAAACAGAAGUUCCCCUCAUGACUGAAGAGCAAAAGCGGGACUUAAACCCCCUAACCAUAGAGAUCAAGUGUGUUUCCUGCCUUCCAUCACGGUCUGUGUCCUUCAGUGAACUAGAGCGGCUGUGCACCCCCGUGUACUGCAGGUACCAGUUCUACAGGACCCCAGUGCACAGGACUGAGGGCCAGCCCCAUGGGACCCACGUCUACUUCCAGGAUAUCAACGUCAUCUUCCUUGGGGCCAUGCACCCCAGCGACCUGAGGGAAUACCUGGAGGGCCCCCCGAUGGUGGUGGAAGUUCAUGACCGGGACCGCAAGUCAGAGGGGUAUUCCCGCAAGCCCGCCCUGUUUGGGGAGGACCCGCUGGAUUCAUACCUCAACCUCCAGACCCUAAUUUCCCCGAAAGAGACGGAGAACAACCCCUUUGAAACCCAGGAUAAGAUGUGGGACCCUUACGGGGUUGCCCAGGUCAGCUUUGCCGACCUCCUCCUUGGCCAGAAGUACUUGAACCUGGUUGUCCCCGUCCACAGCUGCGAGCCCAAGGCCACGCGCCUCGGCCAUGACAGCAGGAGCAGGAAGGUGGUGGGGUUGCGGGUGCCCGGAGACGGCCUGCGGCACAGCCCGAUGCCCCCGGGCGACUACCUGGAGGCCAGCUGCCUGCUGAAGCUGCGGGCGGGCGUGGCGGUGCCGCUGUGGGCCGGGACCGAGGCCCUGGACGCCCACCCCACGGCCUCCCAGUUUGGCCGCGUCAUCUUCGUGUUCACCUCCAGUAAGCUCUCACUCCUGCACGGCCUGCUGCAGGACGUCGCCGUGAUCAACGCCGGGGCCCUGGGCCUGGACUCCUGCCCCGUGGAGGAUAUCCAGCAGAUCCUGUCCGCCUUGAAGAUGCCGGCGAAGAUCCAGGAGCGGCCGGACCUGGACGUGCUCACUGGCUUCCACCUGCUGGACGGGCGGGGCCACCUCCUCAUCCUGGAGGGCUUGGCCGACCGGGGCCUGAGGCGGCUGUGGGAGAGCCACCAGAGCCGGGUCCCGCAGGCAGAGCCCGGCUCCUACAAGGCGCUCUACAACUCGCAGCUGCGCUUCCGCCGCCGCCUCUACGCCGACCUGGAGACCGUCCCGUACCACGUGCACCUGUCCCGGCCGCUGGCGCAGCUGAUGAAGCACGCAGUGCUCUACGUGCGCAACACGGUGCCGCGGCAGGUCUUUCAGGCACUGAGCAGGAUCUACUGCAUCUGCCAUUACAGCUCCAGGCUCAGGGAGGUGAUCACCGGGGACCUGCUGCCCUCCUCCUCCAUGAUCAAGGGGCUGAGCCAGGAGUUCGGGCUGCCCAUUUCCCCGGAAGAUCUUACAGAGGGAAAACUGCUGGCUAUGUCCCCUCCUCCUGCCCCCAAUCUGGAGGACUUCCAGAGCCGGAAUUUCACCCUCACUUCUGAGAUCCAGGCCCACCAGGAGAAGUGCCUGCAGUGGCGGAACACCAUGGUCCUGAAGAACAGAGACCAGAAGUACAGCCUGAUCCAGGAGCCGAGGAGACUCACGCACUCCCAGAGCUACCUGUCAGCCACAGUGGAGCCUCAGGAUUCAGAUGAGGAGAAGAGAAAAGCCGAGAGGAAGUCCCGUGACACCUGGCUCACACCCAACGGGUUCCAAGUGACUGGUCUUCACAGCACGGGCAGGACACAUCACCUGGGGCUGCCACCCCUUGGCGCCGUCACAGAGGAGUGGAGGGAGAAAGCGCUGUUUGCUAACAUACUGGAGUCAGUGCUGCACCGAGAGAGCAGGGGCUGGGACCGGCGCCCCCAGGACUUGGAUCUGUACACACAGCUGCCGCCGGCCCCUCCCGCGCCAAAGCCCGGGACAGGUAACUGUGGGCAGCACUCGUUCUGUUUUAGCAGCCACACUCCUGGGCUGGGAAAUCAGGAUUCGGCGGGGGGCUGGCUUCAGAGUGCAGGCUGGCCGGAACUUCUGGUUCCAGCUGGAUUCACUUGCUGUGUGAUGGCGGGGGCAGGUCCCGCCACCGCUCUGGGCUUGGUUUCUAUGAAAGGGAGGCCUUGGAAGGUAGGGCUAAGGGCUUUCAGGCUUCACACUGUGUUACCCAUGACCAGCCUCGGCAGGCUCUGGGUGCUGCUGGGCCCUUCCGGCUCCCAGACACAGCUGGUUGUCACCCGUGGGGGCAGGCGGGGGCCUGGCCACACCACCCCUCCAAGUUUUCUUCAUCCCCCGUUUGUGCAGAGGGACCAGAAAUCAUUUAUAGGUAGAGAACCAAACCUGUGAAUUAACAGAACCAGAAUCUUCAGGGAGAAAGAGCGGUGAGUUGAUCUGGCCACAGACCCCUUGCCCAGAAAGAGACCCCUUGCCCAGAAAGCUAGACUGGAUAAACGGUGGAGUGCUUUCCUUCCCUGACUCCUAAGGGCUGCUGGUAACAGCUCCGUGAAACCGGAGGACGUGCUGACAAGCUGCUGAAACUGGUCUACUCCCCUCCUCUGGGCUGUGCCACCUCCCCUUCAGUAGAGGCCCCAGGCUCUGGGGCCGCAGGCAGGGUCCCAGGCUCAGGGUCACUGCUGUGGUCCAGUGCAGGGACAGCAGGCUCGCUGCUCCGGCCCUUCCCAGCCCCAGGGCGCACACCUGAAGACACAUGGGUGAGAACAGCUCCCCGCAGACUGCUGUCCUGGCACCAGGUGAGAAGCCAUGACCUCUCCAUCUACGCCAGCAAAGAAGCUGCAGUGUCAUCGGGAAGAUGAGCUGUCAGAACGCCGGCAGCAGGCCUAGCCCCGCAGGUGGAUGACGGCUCCUCCUCCCAGGACCAAAGCCUGGCCCCCUCAAGGCAAGGCCUGUGAUGGGCAAAGCACUGGGAACCGCCCGAGCAGGAAGCCUACCAGGUGAGCACACCAGGGCAGGUGUGUAGAGGCCCGUCUGUGCCGCCGGAAGAUGCUGCUCGUCCUUGUCAAGUGGCAGAGAAGCACCAGCUAGGAGCAGCACCUGCUGUCAGGCAGCAGCAACAUCACCUGCGCAGGACCAAACCUGCACAGCACCGUGGCCCGGGCACCUGCCCCUCUGCUCCUGGAGCCCUCUUCUCACACAUGAGGACAAAGGGCCCUGGA